GGACUCCAUGUUAGCAAGAGAGAAUCUUAAAUCCAUUAGCCUUGAGGCCUCAUGGAUUCCUAAGUAACGCCUGGCGGCUAGAAAGCACUCGGGAACUUAACCGGCGAAGAGAGAGAGAGAGACCUACAGUUUCUUUUGCUCUCUGUGUUUUCCGUUUUUUCCUCUCUGGUAAAUGCUGAUACAUUUGGUGAAGACCGUCGAGAUCACUUCUUUACUGAGCUCAGAAUUCUGAUUGAUAAAAGGAGUAGCGAUCAUGGCACUCGUGAGGUCAACCAAAAGGCCUAUAGUUGAAUUAGAUGAUGAAAUGGAGAAGGUUUAUAAGUUCAGGGUUCUGUUACCAAAUGGUACUAGCGUUGGGUUAACAUUUCAUGAACCAGGGGAUGAGAUUAUGAUGAAUGAGUUCAUGGAAAAUAUUAAACGUGAGUAUUUCAGAACAAUUAAUGCUGCUGAGAGGGUGAAGGUGAAGCGCAAGGUCUUGUGGAAGAGCAAUGACAUUCAUGUUGAAGAUGUUUCUGGAAUCAAGUUUAGGAAGAGAAUACCUUUCAAACAUUUUAAACCAUACAAAUGCCACUUCAUAAGGCUUUAUGAUGGUACUAAUGAGAUUGCGGAUACCUUUGAGAACAUGUGGGAUUUGACACCAGAUACGGAUUUGCUAAAAGAGCUUCCGGAAGAAUACACAUUUGAGACUGCUCUUGCCGAUCUAAUCGACAACUCAUUGCAAGCAGUAUGGUCGAAUAAAUCUACUGAGAGAAGAUUGGUUAGUGUGACAAUUGAUGAGCAGAAGAUUAUGAUAUUUGAUACUGGUCCUGGAAUGGAUGGUAGUGAUGAAAAUUCUAUAGUGAAGUGGGGAAAGAUGGGUGCAUCUCUUCACAGGUCAUCUAGAGAACAAGCAAUUGGAGGAAAACCUCCAUAUCUGACGCCUUUCUUUGGGAUGUUUGGUUAUGGAGGUCCUAUUGCAUCGAUGCACUUGGGGAGGUCUGCUUUAGUCUCUUCGAAGACGAAAGAUUCUAAAAAAGUUUAUACUCUACGUCUUGAGAGAGAUGCUUUGCUCAGGAGGUCUGACCAGACUUGGCAGACUGGUGGUGGGUUAAGGAGUCCUUUGGAAGAUGAACUAAGGGAAUCACCUCAGUCAAGCUUUACGAAGGUUGAAAUUUUCGAGCCGAAGAUAAGAAGCUUGGAUGCAUUUAAACUUCAAUGCAGGCUGAAGGACAUAUAUUUUCCGUACAUUCAGUGUGAUGAAAUGUCAACCACAGGGAAGACUCAGAGACCAAUUGAGUUUCAGGUGAAUGGUGAUGAUUUAGCUGAAAUAGAGGGUGGGGAGGUUGCAAUUACCAAUUUGCAUUCCUGUAAUGGACCUGAGUUUGUCAUACAGCUUCGCUUUUCUAUUAGUCAGGCCAACACUGCUUCAAGUCGUGGUUCAAGGGCCUUGCGAGAAGCUAAUGCACGCUUGAGAUGUGUCUACUUUCCCAUUGUUGAGGGUGAAGAGAACAUUAACAGGAUUUUGGAAAAGCUAGACAGAGGAUAUGGAAUUGCAGAAAAUUUUGAUACUUUUUGCCGGGUAUCUGUUCGACGGUUAGGCCGUCUACUUCCAGAUGCUCGCUGGGGAAGGCUUCCUUUUAUGGAACCUAAGCUAAAAAAAGGAGACAAGGCACAGUUGUUGAAGAGGUGUUGCAUGAGAGUAAAGUGCAUUGUGGAGACGGAUGCUGGUUUCAAUCCAACACCUUCUAAGACUGACCUGGCACAUCAUCAUCCAUAUACCACUACUUUGAAGAACUUUGGGAACAGACAUCCUGAGAAAGAUAAUGAUACACAUGUUGAUAUAUAUAGAGGUGGAAAGCCGUUGAGUCUUUCACAACUUGAAAAAGAGUAUCAGGAUUGGGUAUUUCAAAUGCACGAUGGUUAUGAUGAAGAAAUGGACUGUGGUGAGGAUGAACCUGUUCUAGUUGUGAACCCUUGCAACAAAAAGGCCCUUGGUAUCUCAUCUGAUGUUGUACGGGUGCAUAAGGUCAUAAGGAGGAAAGGGGCAUCUUGGAGAUCUGGCCAGAAGGUGAAAAUUCUUAAGGGGGCAGCAGCUGGGUGCCAUAAAAAUAAUAUAUAUGCGACCCUGGAAUAUAUCUUGGUUGAAGGAUUUCAAGGAGAUGUGGGUGGGUCGGCUCGGCUCAUUUGCAGGCCACUUGAUCUCCCAGAUGACAAAGGGAGCUUACUUUCUGUAAGUGAUGGAAAUGCCAGUUUAGAUAUUCAUGGCUCUUUAUCCAUUCCCAUUAGUGUGAUUGACUUGGGGAAGUUUGAAGCAAUUAAUGACACUGAGUGGAAUUUUCAUCUCGAGAAACAACGUCAGAAAGCUCCUUCAACAAUUGACAUUUUGAAUGCUCAACAUUGUCAGCAGUUGGAGCUGAAUGGGGCUUUACCUCUUGAUGCCCCAGUUUGUGCUGGACAUGAUCCCCCUCGAGAGAUUGUUGCCGUUGUUAGGCCUGUUGAUUUUUCCUCAUCGAGUGCCUCGAGAACUCUGGAUCAAAAAUAUAUUCUGAAGGUUGACCAAGAGAUGUAUAUGGAAGUCAAGUUUUCUGGUGAAGGUAAAGAUUGUGUAGAUGGUGAACAUAUUUAUGGUGAACGUGUAAAACCUUCAUCACGGAAUGGAUUUCAUGGCUUAUAUAUAUUUUCACUUGAGAGAAAAAUCACUUGGCUUUUUGAAAGAGCUGGUAUCUAUACAUUUUCUUUUUCUGCUAACUUUCCCGUCUUUGCUGUUAAGAGGUGUGAGAAAAAGGUUAUUGUCAAACCAUCUUCUAAUGUUGGGAAAUGGAGACAUGUAAAUGGUGAAAAGUUCCGGUCACGGGAUUUGAGUGUUGGUUCAUGCCUUCCACCUAUCUCUAUUGCUUGUUUUGAUGUGUACGGAAAUCGUGUGGCAUUCACGUGUAUUCCUGAAGUGUUGGUCAAACUAGACAUGAAAGGAAGAUCACCUAUCCAUGUUGACAAAGUGAAGGUUGAACUCUCAUCCAAUAAAAUGACUUUCAAGGUCAAGGACAUGAUGAUUGAAAGUGGUGACAUAGACAAGAUUCGGCCUGAUUAUAAAGCAACCUUGGUUAUAUGUUCUCAGGAUGAGUUAUUCUCUGUCCAUGUUCCAUGUCAAGUUGCUCCAGGACCUUUAUGUCAUAUCAAGUUACAGUCCUCAAAUUUGGGUAGAUGCUUGCUUCCUGGGAUUGUGAUUGAGAAGAUUAAAUUAGAGAUGUUAGAUGCUCUUGGAAAUCAUGUCAAAAAAGGAUUGGAAGUUCAUGUAAAUGUUGAUGGUUUUUGUUUUCUAGACCGAGCAGGUCCACGGCGGAAGGUGGAUGAUGAAGGAUGUGUUGAUCUUAGUGGCCUCUUGAAAGUUAGUGGGGGUUAUGGAAAAAAUGUGUCCCUUUCUGUUCACUUGGAUGAGAGGUUAAUUUUCAAGGAAGAGUUUCAUGUUGAGAAACGGGAGCUGAGAACUAUAUCUACGGUACCCGAAUAUUGCCGUGCAGGUUAUAAACUGAAAGAUAUUGUCUUUGAAGUUGUUAAUGCCAAAGGUGCUAUUGAUGAAGCUAUCCAUGAUGAAGUAAAAUGUGGUCAAUCUCACACAUUAAUGAUAAAAUCAGAGUCAUUGGGAAUAGAUGAUCCUACAAACUACACUUUCAAGCAUGGGAGAUGCACCAUUCCCGUUAUUGAGGUUCCUUCAGGACAAAAUGUCUUCCACUUUGAAGUUGCUCAUGCUCAUCACCCUGAGCUCCAUAUGAAUUUUAAGAUUCAUGUUUUACAAGAUCCAAAAGCAGAGCCUAAUGAAGUGGUUGAAACUCAUGAUUUAGAUGGAAGGUUCCCACUCCUCUCAGAUUCAUCUCAUUCUGUUCCGAAGGAUAUUGAUUUCUUGGUGAAGUCCAUCAUAAAUGAUGAGAAGGAUCUUGAGAAUGACAUUUUCAGAAUUGGCUUACGGGUAGGGAAUCAUGAGGAUAAGUUAAAAAGUCUCUUUGACAGGAAGGAAGCAAUAGAGCAGGACAUAUAUGAUAUACAAAAUGCUAUAAUAGAACCUCAGUUAUCCAGCCAACUGGACUGUUUAGUGAAUGGGAAAGAGUUCAUAUCAAAGCAGAUAGCAAGAAAAGGUGAUACUGCAGCUGCUGUAAUCUGUAAUCUUUCAAAGACCAAUCAGCUUCAAGAAUCACAGCCUUACUUAAAGCAAGAUAUAAUUGGCAUUGUUGCUCUUCUUGGGAUAGUCAAUGAUAUAACUGUUAGUAGGAUAUUUGCAGAACAUUUGGGUGAAGAUCACAUGCUUGCAGUUGUUUGCAAGUCUCAUGCAGUGGCAAGUGCUCUUGAAAAGUAUGAAAAUGAUGGAAAAGUAGAUCGCAGACAUGCUCUUCAUGCAGCAGCUAGGGAACUGGGGAUAUCAAUCAACCGCCGGUUUCUUGUCAUAUGUCUUGAGGAUAUUAGGCCUUACACUGGGAAGUUUGAAGGCAAAAAUCCCCAGAGAAAGCUAGCAUUGCCGGAUCCACUACUGCCUACUGGAGAGAUCCCACGUGGAUUCUUAGGGUAUGCAGUUAAUAUGAUCAACCCAGACAUACAUUACUUGCACAUAAGGACAACUGCAGGACAUGGUCUUCGUGAAACUUUAUUCUAUCUACUUUUUGGUGAACUCCAAGUCUUUGAGACAAGAGCAGACAUGCAGCGGGCUUACUCCUGUAUAAAGCAUGGGGCCAUUUCUCUUGAUGGUGGGAUUAUGAAGCGCAAUGGUAUCAUUUCUCUUGGAUAUCGGGAACCAGAAGUAUGCUUUCCUGUUAUCAUGCCAGAAGUUCCAAUGGAUUUUGCUAGAGACACCAUUGAAAUUCUGAGUCAGAUCGAAGAUAAAAAGUUGGAGUUGCUGUCAACAAACGAUGAAAUAACAAAAGAAAACAGAGCUUAUUGCAAAUCAGUAAAGAAGUUCCAAAAGAAGAAAGAAUGGUACAAAAAACUAAUGGAUUACAAGGAGCCUCUGGUAAGGGGAUCACUGUUAGAGUACAAGUCCAACAUAAAUGAAUAGUACUAGUGGGUUUUUUUCUGCUCUAUUAUGAUUUUGUUGAUGGUGUACAGAGACUUUGUAAGUAGCUUAUACUUGUAAUUUUGUACAGAGCCUUGCGAAGUUUUUAUUUGUAAAUAUUAACUUAUAUAAGCCCUAUGUGGAUUACGUUAGACUCUAGGUUAUACCAUGUAUAAAAGUUGGGGAACGGGCAAUGUUCUUCGACUGUCACUUAACGAAACAGCCUGUUAUAAGCAUGGCCAGGGAUUUUGUUGUUAAAUGUAGUAGAAUUUAAUUAUCAGAUUUCAAA